UUUGUGUUAUCAUAGCCGAAAUAAGAUAAUGUCAACAUCAACACUAAAUGUGGAUUCUUUACGUGAUAAGGCUUUCAACAUUUGUCGAGAAUAUCUUUCAGGCUCUUGGAAGGAAAUUCAGCCCAAUGACAUGAUCUUUCAUUCCAUCAGUGGUGGUCUCAGUAAUAUCUUGUAUUAUUGUUCUCUACCCUCAACUCAUACUCCUUUAUGUGGUGAACCAAGUCAAGUAUUGCUCAGAAUGUAUGGGCAACUUCACUCUGACGAUACGACACAAAACGAGAACAAAAUGACAGAAUCAGUGAUUUUCAUGUUAUUAUCUGAGAGAAACUUGGGACCCAAAUUGUAUGGAAUCUUUCCCGGUGGACGACUUGAAGAAUAUAUUCCGGCACAAGCGAUGACCUGUGAUCAGCUUCGUGAUCCAGUUCUUUCCUCAACCAUUGCCCAUAAAUUAGCCCAUGUUCACAGUCUUGAUGUUCCCAUUAACAAAGAGCCUACUUGGCUUUUCGAUAACAUGUACUCUUGGUUGGAAAGUGCUCGUCGAGUUGACCUGAAAAUGGUUACCGAGUAUCGAUGUGUCGCCAAGAAACUCCUCAGUUUUCCUUAUGAAGAUGAACUUAUCUGGUUGAAAAGUUUCCUCUCUUCUGUCCAAUCUCCUGUAGUAUUUUGCCACAAUGAUCUUCAAGAAGGUAACAUUCUGCUUCCUGGUAUCCCCACAACACCAAGUAGUUUCCGUAAUCGUAAUCGGUCCAAUGGAUCUUCAAACGGAUCCAAUCGAACCCUUGAACCCAAGGUUAUCUUCAUAGACUUUGAAUAUUGUUCGUACAAUCAUCGUGGUUUUGAUUUCGCCAAUCAUUUCCUUGAAUGGACAUAUGAUUAUUCAGCACAAGAGUGGCCUCAUUUUUACCAUAAACCGGAAAAUUAUCCAAGCGAAAGUCAGAGACGACAUUUUGUCCGAGAAUAUCUGAAGGCUGUCGAUAGAUCGAGACCAAGAACAGAAGUCGACAAUGAGGAUCAUAUCUUACGGGAAGCGGACGCUUACUCAUUAGCAUCUCAUUUACUUUGGACACUUUGGAGUAUCAAUCAUGGAGUCUCAUCGGAAAUUGUUUUCGACUAUUGGGAAUUUGCAGAAAUCCGACUGAAAAUGUACUUAAAAAAAAAGAUUGAUUUUACUUACCAAAUAGAUUUUAAUUCACGGACAAUUUGACAAUAAUCUUCUACA